UAAUAAUUAUGAUCAAUGGGGAUCGAUAAUUUAUUUAUUUUGUAAGUUAGGGUUUCAAUUUCUUGUCGGUAUUUCAAAAUUGUAAGGAAUGUUUUAAUUUAAUUGCUCAAUUGGUGCUUCCCAUUUCUUGAUUUUGUGGGAUUUAAUCCAUAUAGAUUUUUAUUUAUGUGUGUAAAUUUGAAUAGAAAAUUGUGAUUCUUGGUGUUGAAUAUUUGGUUGUUGAAAUCUUGAAGUGGGGUUGUUUAGUUAUCAUGGAUCAUGUUGUGGGUGGGAAAUUUAAGCUUGGAAGGAAGAUUGGAAGUGGGUCUUUUGGUGAGCUUUAUUUAGGUGUGAAUUUACAGAAUGGAGAAGAAGUUGCCAUUAAGCUGGAAUCUGUCAAGACAAAGCACCCUCAACUGCACUAUGAAUCAAAAAUAUAUAUGCUUCUCUCAGGAGGAACUGGAAUUCCCAACCUUAAAUGGUUUGGAGUCGAAGGCGAGUACAAUGUAAUGGUCAUAGACCUUCUUGGACCGAGCUUGGAAGACCUCUUCAACUAUUGUAAUAGGAAGCUUUCUUUGAAAACAGUUUUGAUGCUUGCAGAUCAGCUAAUUAAUAGAGUUGAAUACAUGCACUCUAGAGGAUUUCUUCACCGUGACAUAAAGCCAGACAACUUUCUAAUGGGCCUUGGUCGCAAAGCGAAUCAGGUAUAUGCAAUUGACUUUGGACUUGCCAAAAAGUAUAGGGACCUCCAGACUCACAAGCAUAUACCAUACAGGGAAAACAAGAAUCUGACAGGCACAGCUCGGUAUGCCAGUGUCAACACACACCUUGGAGUCGAGCAAAGCAGAAGAGAUGAUUUGGAAUCUCUGGGAUAUGUGCUUAUGUAUUUUCUUAGAGGAAGUCUUCCAUGGCAGGGAUUGAAAGCUGGUACUAAGAAGCAGAAAUAUGAUAAAAUAAGUGAGAAGAAGAUGCUGACACCAAUAGAGGUGCUUUGUAAAUCAUAUCCGUCAGAGUUUAUAUCAUACUUCCAUUAUUGUCGGUCAUUACGGUUUGAAGAUAAACCUGACUAUUCAUAUUUGAAGAGGCUUUUUAGGGACUUGUUUAUUCGUGAAGGUUAUCAGUUUGACUAUGUGUUUGAUUGGACCAUUUUGAAGUAUCCUCAGAUUGGUGCCAGCUCUAGAGGACGUAAUAUUAGUGGAAGUGCGCCGCUAAAUGCUGUGCCAUCUGCUGAAAGACCGGGAAGGACAUCAGUGGGACAGGAUAUUCGAGACAGGUUUUCUGGUGCCGUUGGAGCGUUUGCCCGGAGGAAUGGUUCUGGUUCUGGUAAGCUAGGGGAACACUCCAGACACAAAACUUCAGAUGAUAUACCUUCAUCUAAAGAUGUGCAAGCUGACUCAGAAAGAGGCCGUACCGCGAGAAAUUGCAGUUCAUCCAGAAGGGCUGCAAUUUCAAGUAGCAGACCGAGCUCUUCUGGUGAACCUACCGACAGUCGUGCAAGUAGCAGAUUAGUGUCAAGCAGUGGCCGGUUAUCUGGCACACACAGGAUUCAUUCUGGAGUUGAACCGAAACCAUCAUUGUUCUCCCGAACUUCACUUACAAAGGGAAGCCGUGAUGACCCUCUUCGGAGCUUUGAGCUUCUUUCAAUCAGGAAGUAAAGGGAUGGACUUGUAAAGAUAAAUUUUCUCGCUGUUUGUAUCUUGUCGUCCUAUAUAAGGAUGUCUCUACAUGAAAACUAAAGCUUUAAUCCAACUUUUCAUUAUAACUUGGUUUGUUUCGUGAAGAGUUUCUGGUAACGCUUUUUAGGCUCAUCUAAAGAAGUGAUGAGUAAUAUGUACCAAGUUGAAUAGUUAUAUUGAAUAUUCAUAAUGAUGUACGAAUGUGUGGUGGAAA